CUGAAAAUCAUCAGUCUCCUCUGUCAAAUCAAAAUGUCAAAAUUCUAAAAUGUCCGGUCUUUGUGGCAAAUAAACAAUUUCAAUGUUUUUCUAGUUUUUAACUCGCAAAAUAACAGGAGUUCAACAAUUAUCCCAGUAAAAACCAAUAAGAAAAAUGUCAGCUUUACAAAAAAGUAUACUGAAGGGCAAAUUGCCGCCUAAAUGUCCCAAAACAUCUGUUAUUCCUAAAUUGGCUCCGUUUGGCGCUGCGCGUCGCAAAGACUACACACCUGUAUCAUGGAAGAGAUAUUUCGACCGUUUCGUUGAUGUUGAGACAGAAUGUGGUGUGUUCAGGGUGUAUUUGUCUAAAGAACCUGACAAUCCCGAACAACUAAGAAUUGUAACAUUACAUGGAGGCGGUUAUUCUGGUUUGAGCUGGGCUUUAUUCACUGAAGAGAUAACCAACAUGAUCCACUGUCAAGUGGUCUCUAUGGACAUCCGCGGACACGGGGAGACUAAAGUCAAGGAGCCUGAUAACUUAAGCGCUGAUACACUGGCUAGGGACGUGGAGCAAGUUCUUCAUAAACUGUUCGACGGGGCGAUCCCUCCGAUGAUUUUGGUGGGUCACUCCAUGGGCGGCGCCAUAGCGGUGCGUGUGGCGCACUCUCCCUCUCUAGAGCAGCACAUCGAGGGAUUGGCUGUUAUUGAUGUGGUCGAAGGCACAGCGAUGGACGCGCUAGCAAGCAUGCAGAGUUUCCUACGCGGCCGGCCCACGCACUUCAAGAGUAUCGAACACGCCAUAGAAUGGUGUGUAAGAAGCGGUCAAGUCAGAAACGUGGAUUCAGCGAGAGUGUCUAUGCCCAGUCAAAUUGUCAAUUGCGAAACUAGCCUCCUAGCUACCAGUGAGGUAGAAUCGUAUACCCCUGUAGGGGAAGCGAAGCUAGAGCCGAACAGGCAUACGGCCCGCGCCGACUCCAUCGCUGAGGAGGACUCGGAGGAGGAGGGGGGCGGCGAGGAGGACGUGCAGAAGAAGGAGGAGUUUGUGAGGCCCGGGGCGGUGGGCGACGGGAACACUGCUAUGAAAUAUAAGUGGCGCAUAGACCUGUCAAAGACAGAAUCACACUGGUCCGGCUGGUUCACGGGACUGUCAGCUUCGUUCCUGUCAACCCGAGCUCCCAGACUAUUGCUGCUGGCCAGCAUAGACGGACUGGACAAACAACUCACCGUGGGACAAAUGCAGGGUAAAUUCCAAAUGCAAGUAUUAACGCGGUGCGGCCACGCCGUGCACGAGGAUUCACCAGCGGAGGUGGCGCGCGUGGUGGCGGCGUUCGCUCUACGUCACCGCUUGACCGCGGCCACUGAAAACGGGAGUCACAUGAACCUCGUGGCCGCGCCGGGAUGCUGAACAGACAUACAUACAUACAAACACACUCACACACAUACAUAUAGACACACAUUUACUUAGA